UGUGGGGCGGGGGGGGCGGCGCUUCCGGCGGCGCGAUGCGGGUGCGGGUGCGGGGCUGGCACGGGGUCGCCUCUUGGCUUUGGGUGGCGAACGACGAGAACUGCGGGAUCUGCCGGAUGGCGUUCAACGGCUGCUGCCCCGACUGUCCAGCAGCACUGCCCCAUGUGCCGGCAGGAGUGGAAGUUCAAGGAGUGACGGGGACCCGCCGGUUCUGCGGCCGGCGGCGGGAGACGGGACCCGGGACCCCCGCAGCGGGGCCGCUUUCCGCAUCCCACCGCCGGCCGCCUCUCCCCCUGCCUGCCGGGCACCGGCGCGCGGUGUCUCCGCGGUGACAAUAAACGUGCUGGGGUUGG